UAUGGAGCAAACUGCUGAACAAGCAAGUGAUAAUAACGUCUGGCAUGAAGAUGACAACCUAGAUGUGACUAAUUUUGAUACAAUGAUUGAGAACAUGGCGAUGGAGUAUCCCUUCGAGCUAGAUAUUUUUCAGAAACGAGCUGUUUAUAGGGUUGAAAACUCUCAAUCAGUUCUUGUAUCUGCCCAUACAUCUGCAGGAAAGACAGUUGUUGCAGAAUAUGCUAUUGCAAAGUCAUUGCAGAAGCUGAUGAAAUGAGUCUAUACUUCUCCAAUCAAAGCCUUGUCUAAUCAGAAAUACAAAGAAUUUAAAGAGAAAUUUGAAGAUGUAGGUAUCUUGACUGGAGAUGUCACACUGAAUGAAGAAGCUUCAUGUUUGAUCAUGACAACAGAGGUGCUUCAAAGCAUGCUCUAUAGAGGCUCUGAGGUCAUUAAUGACAUUGACUGUGUCGUGUUUGAUGAAGCUCAUUACCUCGCAGAUCCUGACAGAGGAUACGUGUGGGAGGAGGUCAUCAUUAUGCUUCCUGAGCAUAUCAAUAUCGUGCUACUUUCUGCAACAAUUCCAAAUUACAAAGAGCUAGCUGACUGGGUCGGAAGAGUCAGAAGGAAGAAGGUCUACAUAGAGAUCACUUAUUACAGACCCGUUCCCUUAAACCACUACAUCCUAAGUGGCAGACAAAUGGUUCUAAUAAAAGAAGGAGACAAUAGUUUCGACAGAGAACUUGUGAAGAAAAUCUUUUUCGAUGCUCAAAUCAAAAAGGAUAAAGCUAGCGCUAACAAGAAGGGAAAAUUCUUACUUGACAAGAAAAAAGGAGGAGACAAGGUCAAGCAGGAUGGAGCCAAAGAGGGUGAAGAGCAGAAGGUUUCAGACCAGCCUGUUGACAUUGAUGCUAUUAAGAGCCAAAUUGCUCUCCCAGAGAAGACAAAAUUGACUGCUAAUGAGAAGAAAUACCAGAAGAGAGCUAAGAGAUUAGCUAAAAAGAUGAAGCUCAAGCACCAGACUGGAGGUGGCGGAAAGUUCAACAAAGACCAUAAUGACUUGAAGCAGAAUGUAUCCCUCAUUGUUGAGAAGGAGCUCUACCCUUGCGUGGUCUUUGUCUUCUCAAAGAAACAAUGCAGUGAGCUCUGCAUGGGAAUGAGUGGGAUAGAUGCACUCAACAGCAGAGAAAGAUCCCGGAUUAAAAGAUUCAUAAAAAAAUCUUUGUCAAAACUUGAAGAGAAAGAGAGAGAAAUCUACCAAAUUAGGGAGAUGCAAUAUUGUCUAGAGCAAGGAGUUGCUUAUCACCAUGCUGGGCUUCUGCCAAUCCUAAAGGAAAUCGUUGAGAUCUUGUUUGCUGAAGGGCUUAUCAAGGUACUAUUUGCUACAACGACCUUUGCUAUGGGACUCAAUAUGCCUGCAAGAGCUGUCAUGUUUAUGAAACUCGAGAAAUUUAAUGGGAAGGAGGAAGUCUUCCUACAAGCCUCAGAAUACCUACAGAUGGCUGGAAGGGCAGGAAGGAGAGGAAAGGAUGAUACCGGAUACUCUCUUUUGUACUUUGAAAAAGCAGAUAUGUUCAGACAUCAAGGUAUAGCAGAUGAAAUGCAGGAUAUGAUGGAUGUCAAAUCUGGAAGCCUUGAGAGCCAAUACAAGCUGACAUAUAGAAUCAUUCUUUUUGAACUUAGCAAAGGUGAUAAUGGUAUGGAAGCUAUCUUCAAAGUCAUGAAGUCUUCAUUCCUUCAAAAUGAUAGCUUCAAGGAGAAAUUAUUAGAGCAACAGAUUAUCAAAAACCUUGAAGAUAAACUAGAUUCUCAUCAAGAACUUGAGCCCACUACUUGUACAGCAGAAGAGGUGAAGGAGUAUAAUUCAAACCUUUUGGAGUUAUUCAACCUGAAUCAUCAAUGGGUUUCUUCAGCAUCUCCAAAGACUAUUUGCUUCCCAGCAUUGAUAGAGUUCACGAUGGAUGGGUAUAAUUACCACAUCGGAACUGCUAUCCAGAACGAUAAGGCUAACAAGGCUUUGGUGAUCCUAACAACUGACAAAAUAGAGACCUGUCCCUAUGAUGAAGAGACCAAGAAAGAAGCCGGUGAUGCUUCUUACAAUAUUGUCCCAUACAAGCAUGUCACUAAGAGUUUUGCAAAUACUCUAAAGACUGAAGUAAGUUAUAUGGACUCGGUUAGGCUAAAGUAUUCCUCAAAGCAGGAUAUCCUUGAAGAAUUAGAGACUAUUGAUAAAGAUUCUCUGAAGGAACCCAGAGCUAAAAGAGCCAAGAAAGGCAAAGGCAGAGGUAAGAAAGGCGGUGGUGGCGGUGGGGGAGCUGCCACUGGUGGAUCCUCUGAAAGAAGAAAUGAGCUUAUUCAAAUCCUUAAGAGCUCUCCUGCUUUCUCUGAUCCUAAAUUUGCUGAAUUGCUGAAGCUAAUCAACUCACAAGCUACAACUCAGAAGGAAAUGAACAAAAUGGUUAGAAGUUCGAAGGAAGAUACUUUGCUUAAGAAUGAAGAAUUCACCAGUAAGAUGCAAGUCCUCAAAGAGCUUGGCUUCAUGAAUAAGGAAGGAGUCCUUUCCGAAAAAGGGAGAUUUGCACAGCACAUCAGCUCAGCUGAUUUAAUGAUCCUCACAAUCUUUGUAUUUGAGGGUGGGUUCGUAGACCUUCCUGAUGAAGAAAUGAUUGCUUCCCUUGCCAUGACAAUGACCAAGGCUGGAGGAGGUAAUUCUGAUGAUCUACAUCCUGAUUAUCUCCCUUCUUCGUUCUUUGAAAACAAAACACUGCUAGAAGAAAUUGCUGGAUCAGUAAUUGACUGUGAGGAGAAAUUCGGAGUCAAAGACGAGCAAAAAGAAGCAGAGAAAAGACUUAACCAGGUAUUCCCUCUAGUAGCUUAUGAAUGGGCCAAGAAGACUCCUUUCCACGAGAUCUGUAACAUCUCAUUCCAGGAACCUGGAACGAUGAUCACUGCUCUUAGAAGCUUGGUCAAACUCUGUGAAGAAAUGAGCCAGGCCUAUCUUAUCAUUGAAAAUGAGGAAGCCUCAAAGAGAUUCACUAAACUUUCAGAAGAUAUGAGAAGAGGCAUCUUGUUCAUGCCAAGUCUGUACUAUGAGGACAAGAAAAAGCAAGAUGAGAAGAAAGAUGAAAGCGAUGAAGAACCAACUGAAAGCGAAGAAGACAGUGACGAAGACAGCAGUGAUGAAGAUGACAAUGACGAAGAUGACAAUGAUGACGAAAAGGAUGAAUAA